AUGCGAUACUCUACAGUCAUUGGAGCAUUGGUGGCGACGACGUGUGUUGCCGGCCAGGCUCCGGCUCCGGGGGAAGAUGGCAAAUUCACCAUUAGCUCUGCGGGAUUGAAGGCGCAGGUCAGUUUCAUUCCAUAUGGUGCUACCCUUACGAACCUUUUCGUCAAGGACGAGAAUGGGGAAGAUGUGGAUAUUGUUCUCGGCUACGAUGACAUUGAAUACUAUGGUAACAUGACCGGGACUCAAGAAGCUGCCACUGGUAGCAAGCUGAUGCGUGGUAUAGCUGAGGACCCAGUACACCCCGUGUACAACAGCAUCCCGGGACGGUAUGUCAAUCGUAUUGGCCAUGGCAAGUACACCAUCGACAACAAGACCUACAGCACACAGCUGAAUGACGGGAACAACACCCUUCACGUUGGCACGAACAACUGGUCAUACCGAACAUGGAGCGUGGCCGCUGCCAGCGAAGACACGAUCACCUUCAACAUCCGCGAUGAGGCCAACUCGUCACAGGGGAUGCCCGGCCUCGUCAGGGCGAACGUUACCUACAGCGUUACCAACAGCACCUGGAACAUCAAGAUGCAGGCAACAUCGCCACAGACCAAAUCACCUGACCGCGUUCAACAAACAGCGCUCAUGCUAACGCAACACACGUACUUCAACCUCGACGCCUACAAGAACCCCGAGACGGUCAAGAUCUGGAAUCACACGCUCUACAUGCCGUACUCGAAACGUCACCUCGUAGCCGACGACGGGGCGCUGCCUACGGGCGUGAUCGGGACCGCGGCCCCUAAUAGCAUCAACGACUUCUGGAGCAGUCCGAAUUUGUUCCUCGGCCACGCCCAGGCCGACCCAGGCUUCCCCGGCAACUGCGGUGGAGGGGGUGCGUGCGAGGGGUAUAACGGCUACUUCCUCAUCGACGAAGCGCCCAAAGAUGCCGUCGUCGUGUCGCUGGGCAGCACCUUCUCGGGCAUUAAAGCCGAUCUGCGGACGGACCAGCCGGGGGUGGUCAUCUACUCGUGCAACUGGAUGGAUGGCACGCUUGACCUAAAGAGCACACAGGGCACGGCUGAGAACAGGAAGGUCGUGCGGAGCUCCUGUGUCGCGAUCGAAGCUCAGGAUUAUGUCGAUGGGAUCAACCACCCUGAAUGGGGACGUCUCGACGCACAGAUCACGGGACCGGGUGAGGCUUACUCAUGGGAGAGCUCGUGGACGUUUGGAAUGUUGUGA